CAAACGCCCGGUGAUCCCUCGGAACGGUUGCGGUGGUGCCGCGGGGCGCGCCGGGCUUUCAGCGGCAGCGCCCUUUCCGCAAGCAUGGAGUUCGCGGAGCUGAUCAAGACCCCCCGAGCGGACAACGUGGUCUUGCACCGCCCGUUCUACCUGGCGGUGGAGGGGACUCUGUGUUUGACUGGCCAUCACCUCAUCUUUUCUUCGCGGCGUCAUGAUAACGCCGAGGAGCUGUGGCUGUUGCACUCCAACAUUGAUUCUAUCGAAAAAAGGUUUGUGGGCUCAUUGGGUACCAUCGUGAUAAAGUGCAAAGAUCUGCGGAUUAUUCAGCUGGAUAUACCUGGAAUGGAGGAGUGUUUGAACAUUGCAAGCUCUAUUGAGGCACUUUCCACCCUGGACUCUGUCACUCUCAUGUAUCCCUUCUUCUACCGGCCCAUGUUUGAAAUCAUUGAAGAUGGCUGGCGCUCUUUUCUGCCUGACCAAGAAUUUGAGCUGCUCAGCUCAGUAACAGAUGAAUGGCGUCUAAGCUGCAUCAAUAAGGAUUUCUCUGUCUGUCCAUCCUACCCUCCGGUUGUCAUUGUCCCCAAAUCCAUCGAUGAUGAAGCGCUUUGGAAAGUUGCCAUGUUCCGCCAUGGCAGUCGCUUCCCGGUCCUCAGCUAUUACCAUAAGAAGAAUGGGAUGGUCAUGAUGCGAAGUAGCCAGCCUCUUACAGGUACGAAUGGGAGACGGUGUAAAGAAGAUGAGAAGCUUAUUAAUGCCACCCUACGGCCUGGCAAACGCGGCUACAUCAUUGAUACCAGGUCCCUGAAUGUUGCCCAGCAGGCCAGGGCCAAAGGAGGGGGCUUUGAACAAGAAGCGCACUAUCCCCAGUGGAGGAGGAUUCACAAAUGUAUUGAGAGGUUUAACAUUCUGCAGGAAAGCCUCAUCAAACUUGUGGAAGCUUGUAAUGACCAGUCGCACAACAUGGACCGAUGGCUCAGUAAACUGGAAGCAUCCAACUGGCUGACUCACAUCAAGGAGAUACUAACUGCAGCUUGCCUAGCUGCUCAGUGUAUUGAUAGGGAAGGUGCGUCAGUACUAGUCCAUGGGACUGAAGGAACUGAUUCGACACUCCAGGUAACUUCUUUGGCACAGAUUAUCUUGGAUCCAAGAUGCAGAACCAUACGUGGCUUUGAAUCUCUUGUUGUAAGGGAGUGGCUGCAGGCUGGUCACCCUUUUCAGCAGCGCUGUGCCCAAUCAGCCUAUUCAAAUAGCAAGCAGAAAUGGGAGGCCCCAGUGUUUCUUCUCUUUUUGGACUGUGUGUGGCAAAUCCUUCGUCAGUUCCCUUGCUCUUUUGAAUUCAAUGAACGGUUCCUCAUUAUGCUCUUUGAACAUGCUUAUGCUUCACAGUUUGGGACUUUCCUGGGAAACAACGAAAAUGAAAGGUCUAAACUGAAGCUGCCACAAAAGACUAUGUCCCUGUGGUCCUGGGUGAACAGUUCUGAAGAGCUGAUAAAAUUCCAGAAUCCUCUUUUUGAGGCCAACAGCCUUGUCAUCUGGCCCUCUGUUGCCCCACAGAGCCUGCAGCUCUGGGAAGGUGUCUUUCUUCGGUGGAACAGGCCUUCCAAGUUCUUGGAUGAAGCCCAGGAAGAAAUGAUCAACAUCAUAAAAUACAACAAGCAACUUCAGGCAAAGGUUAAUGCAUUGAGGAGGCAGAUAGCAGAGAUGGGAACAGAUGAUAGGAUGUAGGAGAACCUGUGAGCUGGCAGGGCUUUGCCUCAGGUCUUUCCUUUCCAGUCCCCUUUAUGUUAAAGACUAAACAUGGAAAGUGCAUGUAUUGCAGAGCCCUCUGGGUACAGCUGACCCUCAGUCCUCCCACUGCUGAAACCUCCACUUCACACUAUGUACCUCUCUGCUUUUUGGGAGGGCAUUUUGUUUUGUUUACAGCAGACAUACAUGACUGGGCACAGCAUCCUCCUCUCUUGACAGCUUUUGUGUCUCGAUGUUGUGUACGGUGUCAGCAGAAGCUGGAACUCUUACCUCCAAGCAACUGUGGAUGACCAGGAUGGGCCAAGAGAUGGGAUGUUUCAGAUUUAUUUUGGACUUAUUCUGGUCUUGUUGAACUCUCUAAACACUCAGCAGGAUGAAAAUACAAAGUUAUGUGUAGAUAGGUAAAGGCGUUUUGUCUGGAAGCACCUUUUCUCCAAGAGUAAGUAAGGCAGCUUAGUUCUUUAGUUUCCUUGAAAAACUAGAGAAUGGUACAAUCUAUCUACAGGUUCUACCAGUCUAUAUGAUACCCUCGGUAGCCUUCACAUCUAACACUUGGGGUUUUUGUGUUGGUAUUGGCUCGGGAGCAGUAAGUUGAAUACCAAACCAGAGUGAGAAGUUUCAGUGCAAUACAAAAUUGAAGUAGGGAUUCUGCUGCUAAUGUUUAAGCCAUGACCUUCAGGUAGAAUUGUCUGGCAUGUAUGAAUGUCUAAGGAAUAACAAACUUCUUUAUUCUACCUGGAAAGCAAAAGGGUUAAGUAGUUGGCAGAGGUGUUCACUUGCAAGACAGUGGCUCAGAGUUGUCCUUUUAACUAGAAUCAAGCUGCCUUCUUGAAACUUUGAACUGCACUGACUGGUUUUCUACACUUGAACAGCUUCUCAGCAUUGCUGGGGUGCAAGAGCAGGGCUUAACCUGCAGCUCAGCAAAACACUUUUGCUCCACCUGGUGUGCUUUUUCCUUCAUGCUCUUGCAAUACAUUUUAUGAAACAUCAAAAGCAGAAGUCAGAAGUUAAGGUGAUCUGGCACACCAGGUAGCUGCUGCAGAAGAAAGGGCCAUCACUACAAAAAUGCUAAUGAUUCAGAUCAUUUGUAGCUGCUAAAACUGCUUGAAGACUUUAGGGAUAAGCUUUUUUGCCAAGUAACUGUAUUUUGUAGCUGGUCUUUGUGGUUCUGUGACUGAAGUCUGCUUUUAUAAAAUCAGAGGUUUUGCUAGAUAGUUUUUUCCCUUAAGAAAAUAAUACAGGUAAGAGGGGAUCUGAAAUAUUAACUCACCUAGGCUUUUGUUCAGCUUGAUUCCAUUGGUAGCUGUACAUGACUGCGAAGACUUGAAUUAACGAAAGUGCACAUGGGACUGUCUAAAAGGGCACUUGCUGUUAGCCUGUUCUACUGAAAUGAAUGGAGCUGCAUCAGGUCAGCAUUGAUCUCUUUGGAAACUGUUGAGCUUCUGUGACAGUUUAAUCUGCUUUUGGAAUGAAGCCGCCUUUAUUUAAAAGCCACUUCAUAUAAAGAUAGAUAUACGUGAGAAUGCAGCAUCUUUAGCUGGCGUAGAAGUAUCUGGAGAGUAAUUGCAAAAGUCAUGUAACCACUAAAUAUAUUCUAAGACAAGUUCUAUAACCAAGAAGCUAUGUAAAGUUA